GUAGUAAAAGCUUUCCCGGUCGUGCCAGUGAACGGGUUAGGCAGUCGUGAACCAGACGCCAGACCAAACGGUCCAUUUCUCCAAUUUCUCCGCGGGAUUUCUCACUCGUCAGGGAGGCACGGUUCGGCCAUUGGUUCGGUCACCAUCAGCUCCGGUUUCUCAGUGCCCGUGUGUCAUUGUCGCAAAUUUGUAGAAAUUGUCCUGUUUGCCAUCGGCGACCAGUGUACUGAGGACAAGACGGUUAUAUUGUUUAUCGAGUGAAAGUGUGAACUUGACCGGAUCGGAGCGGUUCGGGGUGCGAUAGAAGGUGCUGGAACACGGCGUGCGUUGCUUGAAUGCCGUUGGAGUGUUAAACACACACACACGCAGAGAACGAGUCCCAAGAGUACGACGAAGUACGGAGAGCAAAAGGAACGAAGGAAGACACGAUUCGACCGGGCACAAUGAAGAAACUGUUGUUAUUCCUCUUACUGACCUAUUUAUGCUCCGGCGCUCUCUCUGCGAGCAUAUUGGACUAUCUUACGCUCGCGACCGAUGAGGCAGAAGCCAAAGAGGAAGAGGUCGGUCCGAGCAACUGUCUCUGCAAUGGGCCGUCCUGCAUUUGCUGCAUCGAUUUCAACAUGACGCUGAUCGAUCUCGGUGGUCCUGGUUGCGUCCGACUGAAGUAUCUGUCCGCGGACGAAGGAAUUGCGCUGAACGUUUCGUACGGCGACAGUGUCCUCCACAGCCAGCGUGUCAAGGGUCCCGAUCCUCCGCCGACGUGUUUGAAUGUGUUCUCGAGCCUGGCGCAAAUGUGUGCCCGCUUCAGUGAGCUGCUGCCGACGGACGAGGGCCUGCGGGGUUGCCUGCAGCUAGAGCCGAUGCUGCUCGGGGACGUUCAGAUCGAGCUUCCGCUCGGUUGCUUCCGGAUGGGCCCGAAGGGCAUGGAGGUGAUCAAGUCGGCCGAGGAGCAAAUUAAGGAACAAAUCCCCACCGAAAGUGAGGAAAGCACUCCCGCGCCGGUGGCUACGGUUGAGGAGAAACCGGCGGCGGCGGUGGCGGCGGCUGCCGGUAACAGCACUUCCACACUGUCGCUGCUCGAUAGUCUCUCCACGGCCGACAUUCUGGCAGCCGUGAGCGAAUCGACGGACGAAGGCAUUGCAAUGAUUUCCAACUGGCUCGGUCUGUCGGUGAAUCGCGUGCAGAAACCGGCCGAAGGCGGUGCAGCGGAAACGGAAGCGGCCGCUGCUAGCGAGACCGAAAGUGAUAAGAAGGAAGAGGAGGAAGAAUAGACGGUUUCUCUCCGCCAACCGAUUUCAUAUAAGUAAUUUAAUAGUAUUAAUACAUCGUAAGUUAUAUUUCACCAGAUGAGAAAUGAGAGAGAGAGAGAGAGAGAGAGAGAGAGAGAGAGAUUGCGUGUGUGUGACACGAAUCAGCAUCAAUAAAAAUCACAAUCCGACACAUACGACGUUUUGUUACUUCAACCUGUUCUCUGCUUUAUUUUCUUUCCCGUUCCUCAUGCCAGCUGCAGUGGAGCUCAUCGCCGCGUGCUUAAUACUACGAACGAACG